AUGAAGCUAAAGGGUGAGAAAUCUAUAAUCAUAAAGAGAGAAGACUUCCAGAAAAAGAGGAAGCAUGAUGAAUAUACUUCUAAGACCUGGAUAAGGCCAAGUUCUUUAGAUAUCCCACCAAACGAGAAACGGAAGCAGGGGGUUGCAGAUGGAAAUUUGAAAGCCCAGUUCAAGGACUGGAUUACGAAGAAUAAUCUGGGAAGAAUUUGUCCAAGGUUCCAGGAGGAGGACAGGAAAAUUAACUUUCUAAAAAAUCGUUUCAUAAUAUCAAGAUCUACUCAGUAUGGAGGACAAACAUCAAAGGAGGGCUGA